AUGAACAGGGCUCACCAUAUUCUUUUGGCUCCAACUCCCGUGUUUCUAUUUGCCCAUGGCUCAACUAUGAUGCUGGGUGAAGAGUCGGAGCCAGCAAAGAUCUGGGAAGGCAUUGGCAAUGAAGCCCUGAGGCGAGGUGUCAAGAGAAUCGUCAUGAUGGGAGCUCACUGGGAUGCCCCAAAUGAUACAGUAGAAGUCAGCAUGAACCCGAACGCGCAAAAGGACCCCGUCGGCAGCGUGACUGAAGCCCGCUAUAUGCCAUACAAGAUGGUAUCAGAUCUCGAAGGUGGCCAGCGCGUCAUCGACAUGCUUCAAGCUGCCGGUAUCAAUGCGCAGGCCAAUCGCAAGUUUGACUGGAUUCACGAUACCUUUCUCAUCAUUAUUCGCAUGUUUCCAAACUGCCUUCCUCUGCCUACCACCAUCGUCUCCAUGAAUGCCCGAUACGAUCCGCACAUGCAUGUCAAGAUUGGAGCGGCGUUGCGUCCCCUACGAUAUGAGGACACGCUCAUUAUCGGGAGCGGGGGUUCGGUCCAUAAUCUGUAUCGCAAUCACUGGCAGUGGAUGAUUCGCUUCAAGGACAACUUUGCCCAACCUGUUCCUCCGGGUGACUUCGCCAUGGAGUUCCGCCAAGCCGUUGAAGAUACAAUCACGAAUAAUACUGGCCCUGCUCUGCGGCGAGCAGUUACCAAGCUCAUGAAGCACCCUCGAUACAAGGAGGCCCAUGGAACCGAUGAUCACUUCAUGGCGACCAUGUUUGCCGCCGGUGCUGCUGGAGAUGAAGAUGAUGUUGGCCCGAACACCUUUCUAGGAGAGUGCUGGGAAUUGGUCAAUAUGUGUAACAGUCAAUACCAGUUGGGAUCUUGGAGUUAA